AUGUCAAACACCGAAGACGAAGAAUUGGAAGUUGCACGUGACCUCUUUGACGAGAUUGACACGGACAAAAGUGGAACAAUUGACUUUGACGAGUUUUGUAGAGCAUUAACUCAGUCAAACACUGUGGAAGAUGUGGAGCCAUUGAAACUCUUUUUUGGUCUAUUGGACACUGACGAUGACGGAGAACUGUGCUUUGCAGACUUUUAUAAACUACUUACUAUACUCAACCACAUGCCAGACAAAUCAGAAACUUCAAUGAUGACCGCGUUCUUCAAUUUGGCGGAUGGCGACGGAAAUGGAACACUUGAUGCCGACGAGGUUAUUCGUUUGUGCAAAAAGAUUGGAUUUGCUCCGGGAGAAAUGGAUGUCAACCAAUUCAUUGAGGAAAUUGACACCAAUAAAGAUGGAGUAAUUCAACUUGACGAGUUUUUGGAACUGUUCAAGGAUGAAGAAAAAUAA